CGCUGAAUAUAACAUAGUACUGUACAUUGACUUGUUGAUCCAGUACAUAACGCCACCAUUUAAUUACCGGGAUGUACGCAUCUUACUAGGAACGGCAUUAUCGUGGCGAAUCAGACCCUGAAACAAGACAUCUCCCGGCACGGCAAAUGCUUGAUCGAAACUAGUGCCGAGCAGGCUUGUUGCAGAUCAUUUGAAGAGAAGAGGUCUUCCGCAGCCCCAUUCGAGAUCUCUGUGAGCGCUUGCGCAUGUGGCUGUGAGGAAUAAACCCGCCUCCAAUCAGUAUGAAGCGCUGAGCCAACGGAUGUGCACUCAUGCUGGGUCAGUUCCGAAACGUGUGAUAGCGACUUAUCAGAAAGUGGUAGGCUUGUGAGAUGCUUUUGGAGUAUUGCCAGUGAGGAUGAAGGCCCCAGGGUGUGCUGCGGUGAUGCCGAAGAACUUUGUCCGAUGACUUCAAUUGGAGCAAAGUUAUGGACGGCGAUCUACCCCGUGCAGGGAGCUUCUGUUCUUAAGAUCAGUACCUCUUCCUCCCUGAUGCUCCCUUUUUCACCCAACCCUACCCACGUUCUUUAACAUCAAUCCAACCAGGUAGCUCUCCAUCGGUGGCCUCGAAUCAAGAUGCUUCUUAACAUUCUCGCCACGUUCCUUCUCCUAGGUUCUGCUACCGCUGCAACCUGCAAUGGCCACUCCGACUUGUGUUCACGAAAGUACUCCAACGUCACACAAAUCGGCGCACACGAUUCUGCAUUUGUUGGCAUCUUGCCUACGGACAAUCAAUUCCUCUCCGUCACCGAUCAACUUAACGGUGGAAUCAGAUAUCUUCAAACACAAUCUCAUUUGAAGGAUGGGGUCAUCCAACUAUGCCACACGAAAUGCGAAUUGAAGGACGCAGGACCACUCGUGGACUACUUGACUACUAUCAAGACCUGGAUGGACAGUAACCCGAACGAAGUGGUCACGGUGCUGCUAACGAACGGAGAUGGAGUACCUGUCAGCCAAUUCGGUGCAGACAUGACAACGUCCGGGCUAGCUAGCUAUGCAUUUUCUCCCGGGAAACAACUUGCGAUUGAGGACUGGCCAACUUUGCAGCAGCUCAUUGAUGCUAAGACUCGACUUGUCAUGUUCAUGGACUUCGGAGCCGAUACUGCCACAGUUCCUUACAUCCUAGACGAGUUCGCUUACUAUUUCGAGACCGCCUUCGAUGUAACCGACAACAACUUCCCUUCUUGUGAUCUUGAUAGACCUAUGGGAUCGGACGGCACUGGUCUGAUGUAUAUUGUCAACCAUUUCCUCGACCUCGACAUUUUCGGUGUCUUGAUUCCAGCUACCAUCGAGUUACCGAGAACCAAUGCCGCGACAGGUGAUGGAAGUGUUGGCGCACAAGCUGAUCUCUGUACGGCCAAAUGGGGAAGGCGACCGAAUGUUGUUCUCGUGGACUUCUUUGAGACUGGCGAUGUCUUCAAGGCUCAAGAUACUUUGAAUGGGCUUUGAAAGUCGAAAGAAAUAAAUACAGUAAAAGGCUUUUUAAUACAAGUCACAGAACCCAACCAUACGGUGGUCUUGUGAUUUUCAAAUGCCUUCAUGUAAUCAGAGAGCAGGAUUUCCAAGGUAGGUCUAUUUUCGUGCAAUCUGGUAAUUCGAGUUUUCUCUGCCUUGGUGAAACUUCACACUCUCUUAUAUCUUAUGAGCAAGUCCAACUUUAUUCCGUU